GCCCGGGCCGGGAAGAUGGAGCGGAGUGGACGGCGGGAUGGGGGCCGGGGGUGGUGGCACCGGAGGAGGGAUCCCAGCAGGGACCCGGGAGACCGGAAGGAGAGUGGGUGGUCCCAGCCGGGGCACUGGAGAACCCGAGGCCCGAGCAGCCUCAGUGCCUGAGGAUGGGGACGCACACUCCGGUGUCUGGCCUUAAACCUGUUGAUUUUCAGGACUUCCAGAAAUUUCCUUGGGACCGGCUCAGAACCCUGUGGGGGCUGGGUCAAGGUCAAGGCUUUGGAGUUCUAAGAGCUUUUUGGAUUUUCAGAACCUAGCUGCACCUGGUGGGGGAAUGUGGGGACACACAACUACAUCCCACGUUUGAGCUCCUGUUGGAGAGAGACCUGGCCCUGCUGCCCUGGGAUUUGUGUCACCGUGGGCUCCUUGAGUGAGAGGUUGCCCCUUCCAUCUUCAGGUCUCCUGCCGGGAGGUGCCCCGUUCGGGGAGGAAGGAGGCCUUAACCAGUUCACCAGCGCUCCUUGGCCCUGCUGUCCUGCUCCAGGACCCCUCCUGGGCAGUGCUGAGUCUGCCCUGGGGAUCAGGAACCUGCCACGUUGGCCUGACAUCCAUUAACCCGGCUGUGGACACGCGGCCUCAUCUUGCCUCUGCCCUCACGUGCCCUGUGAACUUGGCUCCCUGCCUAGGCCUCCACAGCCAUGGCCAUGGCGGUGGCCCAGAAGUUCAGCCACUUCCUGUACAAUCUGCGCCAGGCCACACAGGUGUCUCCGCAGCCAGAGCCUGUCUUCACAGUGGACCGGGCCCAGGUGCCGCCCCUCUUCUGGAAGCCCUACAUCUAUGCUGGCUACCGGCCACUGCAUCGGACCUGGCGUUUCUACUUCCGCACACUCUUCCAGCAGCACAAUGAGGCGGUGAACGUCUGGACCCACCUGCUGGCGGCCGUGGUGCUGCUCCUGCGGCUGGCCAUCUUCAUGGGGACCGUGGACUUCUGGGGAGACCCACACGCCCUGCCCCUCUUCAUCAUCGUCCUCGCCUCCUUCACCUACCUCUCCUUCAGUGCCCUCGCUCACCUCCUGCAGGCCAAAUCUGAGUUCUGGCAUUACAGCUUCUUCUUCCUGGACUACGUGGGUGUGGCUGUGUACCAGUUUGGCAGUGCCCUGGCACACUUCUAUUAUGCCAUCGAGCCUGCCUGGCACUCGCAGGUGCAGGCUGUGUUCCUGCCUACAGCCGCCUUUCUUGCCUGGCUUUCCUGUACAGGCUCCUGCUACAACAAGUACAUCCAGAAGCCCGGCCUGCUGGGCCGCACCUGCCAGGAGGUGCCCUCUGCGGUGGCCUAUGCCCUGGACAUUAGCCCCGUGAUACACCGCAUCUUGGUGUCCUCUGAUCCAGCCACAAAUGACCCGGCCCUUCUCUACCACAAAUGCCAGGUGGUGUUCUUUCUGCUGGCUGCCGCCUUUUUCUCCACCGUCAUGCCUGAACGCUGGUUCCCUGGCAGCUGCCAUGUCUUUGGGCAGGGCCAUCAACUCUUCCAUGUCUUCUUGGUGCUGUGCACGCUGGCUCAGCUGGAGGCCGUGACGCUGGACUACGAGGCCCGGCGGCCCAUCUAUGAGCCUCUGCACACGCGCUCACCCCACAACUUCGCGGGCCUCUUCCUGCUCACCGUGGUCAGCAGCGUCCUCACGGCAUUCCUCCUGAGCCAGCUAGUGCGGCGCAAACUCGAGCAGAAGACCCAGUGAAGGGGGAGGCAGUCGGUCAGGAGGGAGGCAUCAUGGGGGGGACAAGGGUCUGGGCUUGGCUCCAGUGGGGAACAAGGCCUGGUAAAGUUGCUUGUGUCUGGCCUGCAAUGACUCCCUGUGCAUGCAACACCAAGGGUGGUACUAGCCCACCUUGGAUCUGGGGACUGCCUUGGAGCUGCUGGGGUCUACUCCGGACCUUUCUCAACUCACUGUGCUGGGAGAGGGAACGACAUGAAGGUUUGGGCCCUCUUGGCAUGCCCUUUCCUUGCCUCUCACUAGGAGUGAGACUGGGGGGUCAACUUGGAUCAGGAUCCGGGUUUGGAAGCUUCCACAUGGUCUGAGAGACAGGGGCAGCCUCAGCAACCCACUUCUACUCAGAUUUCACUAGGGAAUGAAGAAAGGGCAGGCCCAAACUUGAUCCAGAAUCUUAACUGUUGCUUGAACUGGAGUCUGGAGUGUUGGGGCUUGGGAGAGCCCCUGAAGUAGAAGACUGUGUAAAUGGAUGCCACCUGGGACCCCUUAAUUCUUCAGUCACUCUCCAGUCACUGCUCCAGGAGCCUCUGUCUCCUGGCUCUGGCCUCUCUGUCCCCUGCAGCUUGCUCCCAGCUUCUCCCGUGAUUUGCUGGUUCAUGAUUCAUGGUGCAUUCAGUGCUGGCUGAGACAGAGGCAAGCCACCCAGCUGAGCCCUGUGGUUCAAUGCAGGAUGGAGAAGGCUUUCCUGUCUGGGUGAACUGUCAGGGGAAACCCAAGGGUGGGAAUAACCGGUUUUUCCCAGGACACUUGGGGUCUUAGGUUGGGAAGGUAAGCAGAAGCUUGCUUAAGGACGAUGAGAAGGGACAUUACAAUAAUAUGGGGAAAUGUGUGCAAAGGUCUGGGGUGCAGAAGGGAGAGUUCGGGGUGGCUGGUGUAGUGGUGAUGAAUUCUGAUGUGUUCUCAAUGCAAAUUAAAGUUAUUCUAACUAGAGCUGC